GGCUUGCAAGCCUGAUGGCAUCAGCUGCCAGCCAAAUCCACGCCCAUCAGUAAAAAAGCCGUUUUGCGCAGGCGCAAGCCGUUUCGUCAUGCCCGAAACGUCGGUCUCGAAGAUCCAGAAGUACCCGUUGCUCUUGCUCAUCCCGGAGACGCUCAGCGUCCGGGUCGCCUUCGCAGCGGCCGCCUUGGCGUCGGAGAUGGCGUUCUUGAUCACCGCCACCUCGUUUGGCCCGCACUUCUCGUCGUCCGGCGAGCCCGUGAGCGUGGCCAGCGGCGUACCAACGAGGAUGUGGAAGUUGACGCCGGCGCGGGCUGCGAGCUCGACCUCCUCGAAGAACUCGACCGAGUGCGCGGUCACGGGCACGGGCGAGGCGCGCGCGGUCACGAGGAGCGAGAGCAGCACCGCAGAUGUCGGUGCGAUGAGGUGCAUCGUCGUGGUCGGGAAAUGGGGGAGGGAAGAAUAAGAAAGGGAACGAGAGGGAGAGAAGAAGAAGGGAAGAAAGGCUCUGUGCGGUCUAUGCACGAGAGGGACGAAGAGGAAUGGGGAUCCAUAGACCCCCAGAGCUGUGGUACUUGUACCCUGCGCGCCGAGAUACCGCCCACGAUCAGACACCCGAUCGUGCUUUUUUCGGGUUUCACUUGCUGCAGCGCCUUCAGAUGUAAUCCAUCCCAUGAAACACACGUCUCCUGUGAGAAGGCCAUGGCGAUCAGCACACCGAGGAGCCCGCACUGAGUCGAGCAGGAUACUCGAGCGCUUGUCCACUCACUCGAUCGGAACAUCAGAAGGUUGUAGUACCCACACUCCAAGUCAUUUCGAACCCAUCGCCAGAAAAUGCUCCUAAUUAAUUCAACCAGUUCAUAGCCUGAGAAUCGAUAGCCUCGACGGCCUAUAUACCCGUG